CGAGAAGAGUCAAAUCGCACGGCGCAAGGCCCGUCCUCUACAUGCCUCCACGUAACCCCCCGCUCGUCCUUCGUCCCGGGCCCCACGCCUCACCAAAUGGUCCAUACUCCAUCCUUCUCCAUGCACGUUCCCCACCAACACCGUUUCGCUGACGGACAUAAAACCCUGUCCAUGGUCCAUGGACCGGGUGCAGGGGUGUUUGGUUCGGUUCCGGGUAUCAGAAGCUGCGCAUCGGGGAGCUCCACGACGCGGCCCACCGCCGAUCUCCCCCGUCCACGUCCCGGCACAGAACCCCUUCGCGCUGUCGCGGAUCCCACCGUCCGUUUUGAAUCAGACGGUUGGUAACGUUUCUCGUCUCGCCACGCCAUGGGGCCGUAUUAAACCCGCCUCGUCUUCCUCCGCCGCCUCCUUCUUCUUCUUCUUCUCCGUUCAUCAGAUCGAUCUCUGGCAGGGGUAUGAAAUGAGGCAGGAGGCGAGCGCGGGGCACGAGGAGGAGGCAGGGCUGGCGCGGAAAGUCGCGGCGGCGGCGGCCGGGUCCGCGGCGCGCAGGCGGAGACGGAUCGAGCUCGUACGGCACCGGCGGGGCGACGAUAAGGCGGCAAAGGAGGAGGAGGAGGAGGAUGGUGCUGUGGGAAGAGGGGUGAGAUGGGCGCCGGCGUGCCUUUCGCACGGCGCGGUGUCGGUGAUCGGCCGCCGCAGGGAUAUGGAGGACGCCGUGGCCGUCGCGCGGACCUUCCUGUCCGCCUCGCCGGACGGGGAGGUCUCCAUGGGGGACGCGGCGGCGGAUGAGGGCGAGGAGGAGGACUUCUUCGCGGUGUACGACGGGCACGGCGGGGCGCGGGUGGCGGAGGCGUGCAGGGAGCGGAUGCACGUCGUGCUGGCGGAGGAGCUCGCCCGGCGGCGGCUGCGAGCAGACGCGGGGGCCAUCGGCGACGAAGAGGAUGUGCGCGUGCGCUGCUGCUGGAAGGAAGCCAUGGCGGCCAGCUUCGCGAGGGUGGACGGCGAGGUCGUCGAGGCCGCCGCCGCCGGGCGGGACGACGCGGACGUCGACGAGUCGGGAUCCCGGACCGUGGGGUCCACCGCCGUCGUGGCCGUCGUGGGCAGCCGCCGCAUCGUCGUCGCCAACUGCGGCGACUCCCGCGCCGUGCUCUCCCGCGCCGGCGUCGCCGUGCCCCUGUCCACUGACCACAAGCCAGAUCGACCAGACGAGCUGCAAAGGGUGGAAGCAGCGGGCGGCAGGGUGAUCAACUGGAACGGGUCCCGUGUCCUCGGAGUUCUGUCCACCUCUAGAUCCAUCGGGGACUACUACCUGAAGCCGUACGUGAGCGCGGAGCCGGAGGUGACGGUGUGCGACCGGACAGAGCAGGACGAGUUCCUGGUGCUGGCCAGCGACGGGCUGUGGGACGUGGUGUCCAACGAGAUGGCGUGCAGGGUGGCCAGGAGCUGCCUCGACGGCCGCGCCGCCGCCGCCUUCCCCGAGUCCGUCUCCGGCCGCACCGCCGCCGACGCCGCCGCGCUCCUCGUCGAGCUCGCCAUCGCCCGCGGCAGCAAGGACAACGUCAGCGUCGUCGUGGUCGAGCUCACCAGGCUCAAGAGCCGGGCUGCCCGUGCCCGUGCCAGCAACGGCCGCCGGAAGGGGGCGCCCCCCCAGCUUUGUAGUAGCUAAAGUUAUUAGCUCGAUGUAGGCGUCGGUAUGAUGCGCGAACUAGGCAGUAGGUCUGUUGUAUGUAGAUUACGGCGGUAUUUCAUUUGAGCUUGGUGAAGAGAGCCCGGAGGAAAUAAUAAUAUUUCCGGACACCAGGAGCGGCUUUAGGACUCGAGCGACGAUGAAGAUGACCAUGUGAGUGUAAAGAAAAGAAAAGAAAAAUGCUGUUGAAAUGUCAUUGGUCACUCUUAUGUGCGCUAAUUUUAACUCAUGUUUUCUUGGCCAUGAUGUGCGGCCGUCAAUCA